GGGGAAGGGACCGACAGGGCGACCUGGAGGAGGGCCCUGUGAGUGAUGUCAGGUCACCUCCAGGUUCAUUUUCACAGCUCCCCGCAGCCUGCGCCUGGGAGUUAUGUUUGGUGACCGAGAGCAGCGCUACCCAAUUGCACCGGGGUUGAUUUGGGGGCUGGGAACUGGCCAUUCCGCUGUACAGACACUGGUUUUUUAUUUCUAUUUUUAAAAAGCAAGAUUUUAGGUGAUGGGAAGAUCAGAAAGUCAGAUGGAUAUAACUGACAUCAAUACUCCAAAGCCAAAGAAGAAACAGCGAUGGACUCCACUGGAGAUCAGCCUCUCUGUCCUUGUCUUACUCCUGACCAUCAUAGCAGUGACAAUGAUCGCUCUCUAUGCAACCUAUGAUGAUGGCAUUUGCAAAUCAUCAGACUGCAUAAAAUCAGCUGCUCGACUGAUCCAGAACAUGGAUGCCUCUGUUGAGCCGUGUACAGACUUCUUCAAAUAUGCCUGCGGGGGCUGGUUGAAACGCAACGUCAUUCCUGAGACCAGCUCCCGAUACAGUAAUUUUGACAUUUUAAGAGAUGAGCUAGAAGUCAUCUUGAAAGAUGUCCUUGAAGAGCCCAAAACUGAAGACAUAGUAGCAGUACAGAAGGCAAAAACCUUAUACAGGUCUUGUAUAAAUGAGUCUGCUAUUGAAAACAGAGGAGGACAACCUCUGCUCAAACUAUUGCCAGAUAUAUAUGGGUGGCCGGUAGCAUCAGAAAACUGGGAACAAACAUAUGGUACUUCUUGGACAGCUGAGAAAUCCAUUGCACAACUGAAUUCUAAAUAUGGGAAAAAAGUCCUCAUUAAUUUUUUUGUUGGCACCGAUGAUAAGAAUUCUACCCACCACAUAAUUCAUUUUGACCAGCCUCGACUUGGCCUCCCUUCCAGAGACUACUAUGAGUGUACUGGAAUAUAUAAAGAGGCUUGCACAGCAUAUGUGGAUUUUAUGAUUUCUGUGGCCAGACUGAUUCGUCAGGAAGAAAAAUUGCCGAUUGAUGAAAACCAGCUCUCUUUGGAAAUGAAUAAAAUUAUGGAGUUGGAAAAAGAAAUUGCCAAUGCUACAACUAAACCCGAAGACAGAAAUGACCCAAUGCUGCUCUAUAACAAAAUGACAAUGACAGAGCUCCAAAAUAACUUUUCUCUAGAGAUCAACGGGAAGCCAUUCAGUUGGUCAAAUUUCACAAAUGAAAUCAUGUCAACUGUGAAUAUUAAUAUUCAAAAUGAGGAAGAAGUGGUUGUUUAUGCUCCAGAAUAUUUAACCAAACUUAAGCCUAUUCUUGCCAAAUAUUCUGCCAGAGAUCUUCAAAAUUUAAUGUCCUGGAGGUUCAUAAUGGAUCUUGUAAGCAGUCUCAGCCGAAACUACAAGGAGUCCAGAAAUGCUUUCCGCAAGGCCCUUUACGGCACUACGUCAGAAACAGCGACAUGGAGACGGUGUGCCAACUAUGUCAACGGGAACAUGGAGAACGCUGUGGGAAGGCUUUACGUGGAGGCAGCGUUUGCUGGAGAGAGCAAGCACGUGGUCGAAGAUUUGAUUGCACAAAUCCGGGAAGUUUUUAUUCAGACUUUAGAUGACCUCACCUGGAUGGACGCUGAAACAAAAAAGAGAGCUGAGGAGAAGGCCCUCGCUAUCAAAGAAAGGAUUGGCUACCCCGAUGACAUCGUUUCCAACGACAACAAACUGAAUAAUGAGUACCUUGAGUUGGACUACAAGGAAGAUGAGUACUUUGAGAACAUAAUUCAAAAUUCGAAGUUCAGCCAAAGCAAGCAACUGAAGAAGCUGCGAGAGAAGGUGGACAAAGAUGAGUGGAUAAGUGGAGCGGCUGUAGUCAAUGCAUUUUACUCCGCAGGCAGAAAUCAAAUAGUCUUCCCUGCUGGCAUCCUACAGCCCCCCUUCUUCAGCGCUCGGCAGUCCAACUCACUGAACUAUGGGGGCAUCGGCAUGGUCAUCGGACACGAAAUCACACAUGGCUUUGAUGACAAUGGCAGAAAUUUUAACAAAGAUGGAGACCUCGUCGACUGGUGGACUCAGCAGUCUGCAAAUAAUUUUAAAGACCAAUCCCAGUGCAUGGUGUACCAGUAUGGAAACUUCACAUGGGACCUAGCAGGUGGACAGCAUCUCAAUGGAAUUAAUACACUAGGGGAAAACAUUGCUGAUAACGGAGGUAUUGGCCAAGCAUACAGGGCUUAUCAGAAUUAUGUGAAAAAGAAUGGAGAAGAAAAAUUACUCCCUGGAAUUGAUUUAAAUCACAAACAACUCUUCUUCUUGAACUUUGCCCAGGUGUGGUGUGGAACCUACAGGCCAGAGUAUGCAAUCAAUUCCAUUAAAACAGAUGUGCAUAGUCCUGGUAAUUUCAGGAUUAUCGGGACUUUGCAGAACUCUGCUGAGUUUGCAGACGCCUUUCACUGCCGCAAGAAUGCGUACAUGAAUCCAGAAAGGAAAUGUCGGGUUUGGUGAUCUUCAUGCGAAAGCCUAGCACCCAUGGCACGACUCGUUAAAGCCACAGCAACAGGAACUCUCCCUUCAGAGAAACCAGGCCCUGGAGCUACUUGGGGACAGUUCAUGGAGAUGAGCACAAGCUAACAUACAUGGGAUUAGAUUAUUGAAUCCACUGUGAAUGGAAGGGGGAGGCACCCUAAGGUCUAUAAAAUCUAUCACUUCACUGUGUAAAUAAUGCUUACUUCCAAUGGCAGCGUUACUGUUCAUUUCUGUUUCUGACACACACACACACUGCAAGUUUAAUGCUGUCCGCAGGGGAACAGUGUUAACACUUGCAGCACACCACAACUUCUGACCAAAGGGAGAAAGACACUUGGUACAUCUGGGCAACACAGCACAGCAAUGAUUCGCCUAGGUACUCACCUUUGUUUGCAACAUUCAUGUUCCUCCAAAACUCUCCCAAAGAACUCCCAAGUGUACUGUGGCCUUAAGGCUUAUGGAGUUUAGAACUCAUUUUACCAUACAUAAGUUAUGCAUUCAUUCAGCACCAUUUUAGUUUAAGCACUCUUAUGGUAAAAAUGAGUAUCUGAAACCACUCCCCACUUUACCCACUUUAACGAUGUUGGGAUUCUCUUGCCCUCUGCAGUUUUUUUGAGCAAUUUCUUGGCUCUCUUUGCCUCUUAGAUUUGGUCUUUUUGAAAGGAUUUGUAGCAAUGUAUAAAGAAUAGUUCUAUAUUUAAUUAUUAGCUACAUGUAUGACUGAAUAACAAUCACUAUAGGUAAUCACUGAAUACUGAGGUUAUAUGGCCAAGAUAAAUAGCUAUGAAAAUCCGUAAUACGAUAUGCAGAUGAAAAUUUGGACUUUUUAAACCUAUGAAUCAUAUUGGCGAGAAGUUUUAAGUACAAACUGAGGGUGAAGGUUACCACUGAACCACUGUCUAAAGAGAUUCAUAAUAGUUGUGGUUUACAAACAGCGUUUUCAAGAUUAAGUUUGGACACAAGAGUGGCUAUCAACGGGCCUACCUGUAUCUUUGUUGCUCCUUGAUUCCUUAUCUAUUCAGGUUUGUCAUCUAAUGGAAAUAUUUUGAUAAUAAAUACAAGUCGUGAGCCCCUUACUAGGCCUGUGUGCAAGCCAUCUAGUUGUAGAAAGCCCAUGUCUGAGAAGAGACGGGAGGCCUCCUGCAGACCUGCUUCCAGAUCUCUACAGCGUGUAGACCCUGAUUGGAUUCCUCCUAACGUGCCCCCCUUUCUUGUUCCUUAGUGCAUUUCACUGUCCAGUUAAGAUUUUACAAAAGAGGCGCACGUCUACAAUUUUUCUACCAAGCAGUAAAAAUGAGAGUAUUUCUAUCCAACGUAAUGGUUUUCAUGCUCCUGUAGAAAGCCCAUUUGUCUGUAAAAAAGAAAAACUGUGACUACAAUAUAAUAUAUAACAUUGUAUAUAACAGAAUUAUACUGUUAGCAAAUGAACUCCCUCUGAACACAGUGACGCAGCUACAAGACACGGGACACUGUCCUAGCUUCCCAACGUCAUCACUUCAGUUCUCCACAGGUAUCCUCCAGAUCUCCGGCACCAUGUCCCGGUUUUGCCCCCAGUUUUGCCUUUUAGCCAGUUACCCACUCUUUCUUCUCUGCCUUCUCUCCGCCUUGCAUCUGUAAGAUUCAGCGGCACGUCUGGUUUGUGUGUGAAUCUGUCACUGUCAAAUAAGAUUCUGUUGUGUGGCUCGACUACAAAUCUUCCAUCCUACUGCUGAUGGACUCUAAGUUUCCUGGUUUGGGUUGUUACAAAUGAUGCAUCAUGAACGGGGCUUGCAUAUCCGUCUUCAUUUGAGCCAUCAGCGGAAUCAUUUGCCAAAUUAUCAUCAAUAUUGGAAAAGAGUCUCAGACUAACCACAAAGAUCCUUACUCUUUGCCCUUUUCGCCACAAGCACGUGGGUAAUUACAGUAUGCUUGCAUCACUAUUUCUUUUAAAUCAGCUUAAACACUUGAGUAUUAUUUGUGGUGGUCGCAGUAGGUUUCAGUUAAACAGCCACCUCUGGGGUUUAUUUUUUUAUCCCUAGCUGUGGUAGCAACUGAAGAGGCAGAAGUGAACAGUGACUAUCACAAACUGUAAAUGGCUGCUAGCAUCCCCACCGGUAGGCCACUAAAGCAUAAACUUCCCACUCCUACAUAGCAGCAAACUCCAGUGCCUACAUCCCUACUACACACUUAAAAAAGCUUUGGGGCUAAGGGACACACACAGUUUAGAAUAGUAAUUUCUCCCCUUUUCCUCACAUCCAGACAUCACUUUUUGUAGCUGGUACUCAGAACCUUGUGUUCUCUUAAUUCCUACCAACCCUUUGUCACAUUACCUAAAACUUUAUACAUAAUCUCUCUCAUAAACCCACUCACACCAGGCUUAAGUUCUCAUCAGGGAGAGUUUAGAAGCAAAAACACCAAGGCUUGCUUGGAAGCAGCGAUGAGAGGAUGAGGGUCCCGGAAAUAUGUGUUGGAGAGGAGUCUCCUUCCAUGCCGCAGUGUCUGUGUGCAAGGCGCAAGGAUGCUCCUCCAGAAAGUUGAGGGCUUGUCCUAGUUCUGCUCUGCCACUGCUGCCAAAGUGACCUGGGGCACAUGUAUAUGCUUUGGGGCCACUGCCUCUCCUACCCAAAUAGAAGACAAUUAAAUUCCAGCAGUUCGUACCAAUGCUGCCUUCCCUUUAACCUGCUACCCAGGAAACAAGGACCAAAAUUCUAACAAUCUUGGCUGUGAUGCUGUUACUACUAGGCAUGUUGACAGGGCAAAAACUUGCUAAUUUCCUGUUUAUAAUUCCUGUAGCAAUAGAGUAGAAGGCAUCUGUUCUUUUGUAAAGAACGUUAAGAUCCUACUGUGUAAAAAGAAGUAAAAUCAGAAGAUUUUUUUUAAUUAGCUCCUAGUCUCUGGGAUAGAAAAUGGCAACACUUAUUUUCAUAAUGUUGUUUCUAUACCUGGUUGACUCUGUUCCGAUCCCACCAAUAUGCAUGUAAACCUACACACACCAUUUAUGCCUUGAAAAAAAUUUAAGAUUAAAUGGAGCCUUGAUUUCUAUGCAGUCUUAUACUUUCUUCACAGUUUCAAACUAAAUCUUUUUUUAAAGAAUAAUAUGAACUAUUUUACAACAUUUUCCUUUAAAGACAACCAGUUUGCUGAUCGCAUUUGUCAUGCAGCUACCCAAUGUUGUCAGUAGUCGCUGUCAUAACUGGGUGACUUAGGCUGAAGCCCCAAUGUGUGCACUGUCCCUAAACUGGAGAGCUGGACCAUUCAGGUGGUGUAGUGAAUACAGGAGCCUCAUGUGACUGUCAAAAUGGCAUGUUUAUUGCAUCCUUUUUGUCUAAUUAUAUUUUCUUAAUGUCAAA